AUGAGGUGGAAUAUAGGCUCAUCAUCUACUUCUAAUCAAACACUCAUUGAUCCCUCAUCAUCACUACCGAGCGAUCAUCCAUCCAUUUCCUCCUCAUCAUCCUCAUCAUCUGGUCCAUCCAAUCAACCACCUGCACAAUGUCCAAUGCAUCAAUCCACUCCCACUUCUGUAGUCAAGGAAACCAGUAAAUCGGGGAUGGCUAAAUGUCCAAUUGAUCAUGAUAAUCUUGAUCCUAAGAUGAAUCCAUUAAAUAAUAUACCAGCGAAUCUAUCAUUACAUAAACAACCUGAUCAAAAAUUAGAUCUACCAACAGACAGAACGACGUCAACUAUCCCCCGACCAAAAGGUGAGAACCCAGGUGGAGAAGGAUACGGUACGGGGUCAACAUGGGAUUACCCUUCUCCACAACAGUUUUAUAAUGCAUUGGUCAGAAAAGGAUGGGAAACGCCAGAAGAUUCAGUUGAAGUCAUGGUUGACAUUCACAAUUUCUUAAACGAGAGAGCUUGGCAAGAGGUCAUGAGAUGGGAAAAAAGAUUACCUGGCGGUGAAAAUGCACAAUUGGCUCGAUUCACAGGUCGACCAGGUGAAUUAUCACCUAAAGCAAGAAUGCAUUUACUAUUUGGUAAAUUCUUCCCAUCGAGUUUCAACACCGAACCACCAUUCGAUAGACAUGAUUGGAUCGUAACGCGACCCGUUGAAACAUCGACCAAAAUUCCAAAAGAAGAGACAUCAACAAGAUACGUGAUAGAUUAUUAUUCUGCUCCACCUGAUGAAGAUGGAAAUCCAGUAUUCUCAUUGGAUGUAAGACCUGCUCUCGACACAUUCGAAAGUAUUUCGGAGAGAGUCAAAGUUGGAAUUGAAGAUUGGAGAAAAGGUACUUCGGACCAGUAA